CACAUAAUUGUCACACUGAUGCCACGAAUCUCAAAAGGUGGCAAGUGUUGUGACUUCACACGAACGCCAUCUUUCCCCUUAACCUAUAAAUAGAUUGACUUUCGUUAUGCCAUUAAUUAAUCUCACUCCUCGAGAGCAGCCUAAGCUGGUUUUUCUUCACUUCGUUACGUAAUGGAGUGGUCUCCUCAACAAGCCAUGGAAGCUUAUUUGGAUACUCUUCAAUUGUCUAAAACCCUUCAUCAUCAAGAUUGCACCAAUAUUAAAGCCACAAAGCUGAUAGAACCAGAAUGUGUGGAGUUCAUAUCAGCUUUAGCAGCCGGAAAUCGAUCAAAAGUAAUUUUAGAAAUCAGCACAGAAGGCCUAACUCCAUUCACAAUCGCCCUUGCCGUGGCGGCGAAGCUAACCGGCGGCCGGCUAGUCUGCGUUCUCCCCCACCACCGUGAAGACAUGAUGAAAACAAGCAACAACUUUGAGUUAAAACCACACCAUCAAGAACUCAACAAUGUGAUUGAGUUUGUAGUUGGGAAGAACCCUAAUGAAGUAAUCAAAAAGUUCAAGAAAGUUGACUUUUUAGUGAUUGAUUGUAAAUUUGGAGACCAUUUGAAAUUAUGGAAGAAUAAUCUUGAAGUGAAUCCAAAAGGGUGUGUGGUUGUAACGAGAAAUAAUGAUGUUGUUGGAAGUACAAAAAAGGUUUGUUUUGGUGAAAUCUUGAAAGGCAAGAAAGGGAUCGAGUGCGUCACUAUGCCUAUAGGAGAAGGUAUAGAGUUGACAAAGAUUAAAUCUUCUUCUUGCAAGAAUGAGAGUAGAAGAUUCAAGAGAUUUCAUGUUACAUUUGAGAAUUGAACAUUUUGUAGUUGAACUAAAUUCCAAGAGAUGUAGAAUGGUGUAUAUAAAUAUGUAUUUACGAGAUAAUACAGUUUGAUUAUCGUUACUUGGGGAUC